GUCUGUCAUCACCCAUCUACUUGUAUUUAUAAUAACGUACAGAAGGGACCACCAUGCGGCUGUCACUCGCACGCCAGCGUCCUUGACAUGUCUGACAUCACAAACCAGAUACUCGAGUCUGAAGCUGACGGCGGAGACAAAAAAGCAGAAGACUCCGUCACGUCCCUGGCACUGCCCUCCUUACAUGGCGAUUACGAGCUGACAACCAUUCGCGUUCAAGAACAGGAUGGUUCUCAGAAGCCACGUAGCAGCACAAGCAAACAGCUGACUCUGUCGAGCAGCCGUACAGAUAUUUUAGUCGUUGACUGGGAUGGCCCAAAUGACCCUCUCAAUCCCAAAAAUUGGAGCUUGAGACGCAAAUGGACCGUGACCAUAAUCGUAUCAGCGUUUGCUUUCAUUAGUCCGAUUUCUUCCGCUAUGGCUGCGCCCGCUACUGGCCAAGUGGCUGCUACCUUCGGGAUUAACAACAAUGUUAUACUCGCACUCACAACAUCCAUCUUUGUGCUUGCAUAUGUGAUAGGGCCCUUUUUUGCAUCCCCGAUGAGUGAGAUUUAUGGCCGGUCACGCGUUUUGAUAUUGGGAAAUCUAUGGUUUCUUGCAUGGAAUCUUGGCUGUGGAUUCGCACGGACAGAAUACCAGCUUCUUGCCUUUCGAUUCCUCGCUGGCCUCGGAGGCAGCGCACCAUCGACUGUUGGCGCUGGUGUUUUGGGUGAUUGCUGGCGAGCAGAAGAGAGGGGGAAAGCGAUCGUUCUUUACUCCUUGGCACCGCUGUUGGGACCUGUCUUGGGACCUAUCACAGGCGCCUGGAUCGCUGAACGCUCGACAUGGAGAUGGGUUUUUUGGUCUACGUCCAUUGUCGAUGCAGUUGUUCAGAUCCUCGGCAUGUUUUUACUCCAAGAGACUUACGCCCCCCUCUUGUUGGAAAGGAAAGCACAACGGAUGCGCACCUCAGCAGACGCCGAAAGAGCCCCAUACAGAGAAAUCCGCACCGUAUUUGAAGGUGAACAUCGCUCUUGGCAGGCCAUCAUGAGCAAAGCACUCCGUCGCCCUUUCGCACUCCUUUUCCGCGAACCGAUCGUGCAGCUGCUUGGCGUUUAUAUGGCAUACAUAUACGGCAUAUUCUACCUCUUCUUGACGACGAUCCCAUCAAUUUUUCAGGGCGUAUACCAGCAGCCGGUAGGGAUUUCUGGUCUUCACUAUAUAUCGCUUGGCAUAGGGUUGACGGUGGGAUCGCAAUUAAACGCGAGAGCUAUGGAUAGGAUAUAUGUUCGUCUGAAGAGUAAAAACGGAGGAGUUGGGAAGCCGGAGUUCAGAUUGCCUGCUAUGUUCCCCGCAACCCUGCUACUUCCAAUAGGGUGUUUGAUCGCCGGUUGGAGUGCUCAAGCACAUACUCAUUGGAUAAUUCCAGAUAUCGGCAUCGCGCUUGUGGGAUCAGGAAUUAUACUAAAUUUCCAGUGUAUACAGCUCUACAUCGUUGACGGUUUUACGCUUCAUGCGGCUUCGGCGUUAGCCGCAGUCUCUUUCCUACGGUCACUAUCAGGCUUCGCAUUUCCUUUGUUUGCUCCAGCGAUGUACAUCGCACUCGGGUUCGGGAAGGGCGACACGGUCCUUGCAGUCGCUGCAAUCGUGAUUGGCUGCCCUGCGCCCUGGAUAUUUUGGCAUUACGGAGAGCGGAUACGAAAAAGCAGUCCAUAUGCGCAGUCGCGAUGAGCCUGGGCGUGCGCGCUUGUUAGCCUUAAUUGAAAUUGGCCAAAGAUUGGAAUUUGGCCAAGGAAGCACGAGGCACACAAACACAGAAGCGAACUGA